UUUGUUCUCCCCCGGCUGCAGGGGCCAUGGCCGAGCUGCACCUCAUCGGGCAGAUCGUGGGAGCCAGCGGGUUCCCCAGCAGCCGCCUCUUCUGCAAGUGGGGAAUCCACACAGGUGGUGCCUGGAAGCUGCUCUCCGGCCUGCGGGAGGGGCAGACGCAGGUGGAUCACCCCCAGCUGGGCGAUGUGGCCUACUGGUCCCACCCCAUCGACGUGCACUUUGCCACCAAGGGGCUGCAGGGCUGGCCCAAGCUGCACGUGCAGGUCUGGCACCAGGACCCCUUCGGGCGCAGGGAGCUCUACGGCUACGGCUUCUGCCACGUGCCGUGCAGCCCGGGCUGGCACGCGCUGGCCUGCGUCACCUGGCAGCCCCUGGGCUCCUGGCAGGAACGGCUCUCCCAGCUCUUUGUGGGCGGGGGGCCCCAGCUGCUGAACAGCGACCUGAUCUACACGGGGGCCGACCGGUACCGCCUGCAGACCAGCGCCGCGGGCACCGUGCACCUGGAGCUGGGCGUGCUGCUGCGCCACUUCGCCCGCUACGGAGUGGAGUGCUAG